AUGUGCCUACUCAGUGUAAUGUUUCUUAUUCCUUAUAUACUUAUGAUAAAGAGUGGCCAAGCACCUAUGCAUUUAUUAGUAACGCGUGUUGGGCCAUGCCACAAUCAAGAGAAAAAUAUACUCAAAGUUUCGGAGUUCAGCGUUACAACACAGAAAUACGAUUCUAAGCUUAGCGGUAUGGUUCAUAUUUCUGAAAAUAUAGGUAAUGGUUGGAAGAUUAAGGCAACCAUGAACAAAUGUGCGGACAUACGUAAUACAGACUCGUGCGACUUCUUCAAAUCAUUCUUUGUAAUAAAUAAUGGCUGCAGUUCCAAUGAUAAUGAGUCGGAUUUGUAUAGCACCCUCUUCAAUUACACAAUUCCAAAAAUAAAAUGCCCCCUUCAGGCUGGAACCUACAAAUUGCAAAAUUAUCCGUUUCAUAGUGAUGAUAACUACGUUACGGCGUUCGAGUCUAAAACAACAACAAGUGCGUUUGGCUACACUUGUAGAUUGGAUGGUUUCUCUGUUUACAAGAAGAAAUUAAAAAAGAUAUUUUGUGCAGAAAUAUACUUAGAAGUGCUCUACAGGAGGCAUCACGCCUGGUCAACGAUCACCAAUAAUCAACCUAGUACAGAUCAGCCUGAUAACAGUCGAGAAUUUGUGGAUGAAAAUAAAUAA